AUGAUGUCUACAAAAGCCAUGGCUAAAGUAAUGAUCAUCAUGCUGGCAGUUUGUCUUCUAACCCAAACAGAUGGGAAACCUGUUAAGAAGAGAGCUGUCAGUGAAAUACAGCUAAUGCACAACCUGGGCAAACAUCUGGCCUCCAUGGAGAGGAUGCAAUGGCUGAGAAAGAAGCUGCAAGAUGUACACAAUUUUGUUAGUCUUGGAGUUCAAAUGGCUGCCAGAGAAGGCAGUUACCAGAGGCCCACUAAGAAGGAGGAAAAUGUCCCUGUUGAUGGCAAUCCAAAAAGUCUUGGUGAGGGAGACAAGGCUGAUGUGGAUGUGUUAGUUAAGGCUAAACCUCAGUAA